CUAGCACUUAGUCUUAUUUCCUACGCUUACAUCCAUUAUCUACUUUCUGUUUGAAUGCUUCGAGUUUAACAAAUAAUCUAUAACGAUCUCACAGAGGAUUCAUAAAAUUUGAAUGUAAAUAUCUAAGCGGGAUCAUCAUGUCAUCAAGUCGCUCCAAAACAUCGAUUCUCGACAAACCUUUAAGCAAAGGCAAAGGGGAGGUUUCCUUAGCCCUCUAUGCCCUUUUAUUUUCAGAAAUUGUACAAUUCUGCCAAAACCGAUCACACUCUAUUCAUGAACUUCAAACAAAAUUGUCUGAAAUGGGAUAUGAUGUUGGAACAAGACUACUUGAUCUGUACUUUGUAAGAGAGAGAAAUAGUAAGCGUGAAAUAAAACUGUUAAAUAUGCUACUAUUUGUAAAAUCUACACUAUGGAAGGUUUUAUUUGGAAAGGAAGCUGAUAAAUUAGAACAUGCUAAUGACGAUGAACGGACAUAUUAUAUAAUUGAAAAAGAUGCAUUGAUUAAUAAGUUCAUAAGUGUACCUAAAGAUAAGGGGACUCUCAACUGUGCUUCAUUUAAUGCUGGCAUCAUAGAAGCUGUUCUUACUAAUGGAGGAUUUCCAGCUAAAGUAACAGCACAUUGGCACAAGGGCACUACAUACAUGGUAAAAUUUGAAGAUUUUGUCAUAGCCAGAGACAAAUGUUUGGAUGAUCGUUAAAACUUAUUUGGUUUCUUUAAAAUGUACUCAUUAAUAGAUGUUAAAUAAAACACUGUUUCCCGUAAUUUUUUAAACCUAAUUUAUGUGUUCGUGUCAUUGUAUCAAUUUAAUUACAUCUUAAAACUAUUAUUUGUAUAAAUAUAAAAAAAAAAAUAUU